CCGGACCCUGCAUUCACUAUAUUCCCUCUCCCCGGACCCUGCAUUCACUAUAUCCGGUCCCCCAAGACCCCGCAUUCACUAUAUCCGCUCUCCCCGGACCCUGCAUUCACUAUAUUCACUCUCCCCGGACCCUGCAUUCACUAUAUCCGGUCUCCCCGGACCCUGCAUUCACUAUAUCCGGUCUCCCCGGACCCUGCAUUCACUAUAUCCGGUCUCCCCGGACCCUGCAUUCACUAUAUCCGGUCUCCCCGGACCCUGCAUUCACUAUAUUCACUCUCCCGGGCCCCGCAUUCACUAUAUCUGGUCCCCCAAGACCCCGCAUUCACUAUGCACCCUCCCAAGAAAAAAAAGAAGCUCUCUAGCAUUACACACCAAACUGAGCAUGUGCAUGUGACCACGGUUUCAGUCUGUAUCAGGUGG